UUUGAGUUGUGAAACAGUGUUUUGAGUGGACGGCUCUGUACGACGACGCCGCGUUUUUUGCCGCGACGCGCGUAUGUCAUGUUUAUUAGCGAAAAUAAGUUGGUAUCGAAGACCAUCAAAGGAGGCUUUGAAUAUUUCGUCGAUGAACUUGCUGCUGAUUUGAACCGACGGUGCGAAAAUUCGCGCAGACUUUUGCUGUCAAACGGUUCCGAAAUUGUUUUUAGUUGCAGCAGGUGGUUGAAGCCGAAAAGGUGGAGGGGUCAACAUUUCCCAAUUUAUACGACACUGAUAUUGACAAGAAUAUUUUGUAUGUACAUUGGUCAUGCGGUCAGUACUACAUAAGUACACAUACUUAGUUUUAAUAUCUUAG